CGCCGGGGUCCCGCGGGUCGGGCGCAGCGCGGAGCCGGCCCGGCCCCAUGCCGAGCCGCCCGCCCCGCCGCCGCCGUCGAGCCCCGCCAUGGGCGGCUGCGUGGGGCGGCAGCGCCGGGAGCGGCCCGCCGCCGGGAACCCCCGCAAGAGAGCAGGCCGCAAUGAGCCCCUGAAGAAGGAGCGUCCCAAGUGGAAGAGCGACUACCCGAUGACGGACGGGCAGCUGCGCAGCAAGCGGGACGAGUUUUGGGACACGGCGCCCGCCUUCGAGGGCCGCAAGGAGAUCUGGGACGCCCUGAAGGCGGCCGCCUACGCCGUGGAGGCCAACGACCACAGCCUGGCCCAGGCCAUCCUGGACGGAGCCAGCAUCACCCUGCCCCACGGGUCGCUGACGGAGUGCUACGACGAGCUGGGCAACCGGUACCAGCUGCCCGUGUACUGCCUGGCGCCCCCCGUCAACCUGAUCCUGGAGCGGGGCGAGGAGGAGGCGGCGGAGCCGGCCGAGCCCCUGCCCAGCGCCCGGCGCGAGUUCGCCCUCAAGGUGCGGCUCUCCACCGGCAAGGACCUGCGGCUCAGCGCCAGCAUGGGCGACACCAUCGGGCAGCUGAAGAAGCAGCUGCAGGCGCAGGAGGGCAUCGAGCUGGCCUGGCAGCGCUGGUUCUUCUCGGGCAAGCUGCUCACCGACCGCACGCGGCUGCAGGAGACCAAGAUCCAGAAGGAUUUUGUGGUGCAGGUGAUCAUCAACCAGCCCCUGCCGCCCAGGAACUGAGCUCUGGCGGGGAGGCCCCUUCCUGCGACGGAGCACGGGGGCACCUCAGGGAUGUCCCAGCCCUGCCAGAGCCACCGGGUCCCCUCCCCGGGGCCGUGGCGCCGCGGUGGCCCCGCUGGGCUGGAGGCACGGGCACAAAUUUGCAGCGGAAGGUGUGGGACCGAUGUGUGCCGGGGGGGCCCCGCUGUGGGGCCGCCCCUCGGGGAGAGGCUGUGACCCGCCAGCCCCGGCCACGAGACCGGGAUCCCGCUGCCAGGGGGCUGCGCGGAGAUGUCUCCCCUCUGUACAUAGCCUGUGUAUUUAUCAAUAAAGCCUUUUCAUCCUUCA